AUGAAAAAAUAUAACCUAUCUGCAGAAUCUGACCCAUCCCAAUUACGUGCUCACGCCAAUGAGCUUGGUACUAUGCUACCAGAUUGGAAAGCUCGUAAAGAUGUAAAAGAGGCUCUUCGUCGACGCCUAUUCAAGGGGAAUCAAAUAGAAGCUCUUGUGCCAGACUUAUACCAUAUUGGAGG